AAAAAAAUUAAAAAAAAAAAAAAAAAAAAAAACGUGAAAAGAAGGGGAGAAUCUUUUCUGUUGUUGGCAGAGUAACAGCAUGCUCCUCUCCAUUUUUUUUUUGUCCUUUUAUAUAAAGAAAGCAACAAACAAAUGAAGAGAGGGGAUGAAUCGUCUUCUUCAUUCAUCAUCUUCAUUUCUUCACCUAUAAACACCACCCUAUUCCCGUCACCACCUAAAAAACCAACGAACCCACCUGAAAAUCAUCCCAAACACCGCACUGUUUUUUUCUGUCAUUAAAACCCACCUGAAAAUACCUUCAUAGACACCAUGGAACUCAUGAUUAGAUCAUUAUAGGUUCAUUCUCAAAAAUAAAAUAAAAAAAAAAGUGUUAUCGAGUUCGAAGCUGUCCGGUCUAGGUGUUGUCGAGGUCCAAGGCUACAGCAGGUUCAUUCCGGUGUGAUUUGAGACGCUCGAGAGGGAUCAAGAAAUACCUCAAGAUGAAGUCUUCAAGAUUACUCACACGAGGAAGGCGAAGAACACUGACAGUACGGAUCAAUGGAUUGAGCCUAGGGCUCAGCAAACCUAUGUUGGAAUAUUGUGCCAGUCAGCCAGCCGGGACAUCGAUGAUUAACGAGAUAAUUGUUCAGCAGUGGAUGGAGAAGGUAGCUCCCCCGACAAGGUAUGGGACAGUUUAUGGGAUGCCUAAUCGAGCAUGUCGUCAAUUUCGGUCGUUCCUUCAAGGUGUAGGUACUACUUCUGAAGGGGCAAUGGAUCCUAAGGAGUACCAAGAAAUGAAGCUGAAAGUUAGUCAACUAACAAGUACACUUAGUUCCACGGAGGCAAGGAUGUUGCAUAUGCAGGCCCAAAUUGGCAGCUUACUCAACUCGGGGCCCUCUCAUAUUCCUCCGUGUCCCGGGGAUGCUCGUAGGUCACAGCCUAGUAGACGACGUAGGUCACAAGACAACGUAGUUCAUGCUCUUGUUGAUGAGGAUAGUGGGGAGGAAUCGGAUCAUGUCUCUAACACCCAACGUUGACUUUUUUGAUUCAUAUACUUUUGGAUUGUAAUAUUGCUAUGUUUUCUUGGAUAUGUAUAUUUUUUUUAUGAUAGUUUUAAUUCGAAUUAGAUGUACUUUUGAAGGUGAAUUUGAUUGUAGGAAGUAGUUUAUGGAUGUUUUAACUUUACGAUAUUUAAGUGUUUGAAUGUAGAAAGUAGUUUAUGGUUGUUUAA